AUUUGUUCAGUCACAUUGGUUAGUAUCACAGGGACUUGGAGCAUUGCUUAAUUUUUUCCCUUUUUUUUUAUUUUUUUAAUUAUUAAUUAGUUUUGUUCAUUCUUUAAGCUGGACUUUCCAUCUAUCUACUUGUGCAGUAGUUUCUUUGUGCUAGAUUACUGAAAGGUAGGGUUUUUCCAUUCAAUCAGAAAUUUUGGUUUUGAUUGUUACUUUUCGUGGAAGUUGAACAUUACAUUAUUUAAGCUUAUUCUUGUGGCAAUACAUUGAUGGAAGGUUUUUCACUUUUCUGUUUAAUGCUGAUGAUAGAAAGGAAAAGGAUAAAAAAGUUGUUUGUGGAGUUUAGGUACUGAUUUUUGGUAUGUAUGUGUGGAAGGGAGAGGGAAAAUGGAUUUUUGGGUAGUUGUAGCUGGUGCUGGAGCUGGGUACUUAGCUAAAUAUUGGAAAAGGGUUGCAAAGAGUAGUGAUAGGUCACCUCAUUUAUCUUCAGAGGAUCCCAAUUUGGAGAACUGUGAGUCCCCGAGAAGCUCCUUUCGCGGGCAAGCAUUGAGAGAUAGAUUGGGGAAGAAUGUUCCUUUGGAUAGAAGGAUUUCGGAUGCGAACUCAACGGAUGGUCUUUCGACUCUAGAUCUGGCUUCUAACAUAGGGCUUGAUGGUGAAGAAGUUAGACACUUGAGGACUUUGAAUGAUGGCGAUGUUCCUUUUGGAUCGAAUUUAACAGGUUUAUUCACAGCUAAUGGGAACUAUGAUGAUAUUGAAGAUGGAAAUGAGCAAAGCUCCAAUGUUAGUAGCCAUUGUGGUUUCCUGCAUCCGAGUUUGCCUAGAAGAGAAGUGAGUUCUAUACUUAAUGUAUCCGGAAAUAAAACCUCUCUUAGGACUAAGCGUAGGCGUGUUCAUACUAGUAGACCAAUAAGUUCACUAGAAAGUUGCUUAGUGGCUCAGCUAUACAAAGAACAUGCUGAUAUUGAAGAACGCUUUGUUACUUCUGUUUCAUCGCCAUCUAGAGCCACAGGGUCAUUUCAUGUAUGUGAUAGAAGCCAAAAAAUUAGCAGCGCAGACGAUGAUGAUUCUAGCUUUGUGUUUAUUGGAAGUGAAGAAAACAAGUUGCUCAGGGAAGCCAGUCAAGUGAAAGAUGAAAAUAUAUUAUUUGGGGUCCCGCCAUUGCCAAAAAUUAGAUCAUCCAGUGGUUUCAGGAAGAUGAGAUUUAAUGCAAAAAAUAAGCAAAGUAGGAGAAUUUGCUCUUUUAAUGGUGUGCUAAAUGGAAAAGACGUCUAUACUCAACAUGAUGCAACAUUUCUCUUCAGUCUUGGGAUUUCUUUUGGUAUAUUAUCUACCACCUUGGCAAAUAAAAGAGAAAUGGACAAGUUGAGAGAAUUGCUGAAGAAGAAUGAGAAUUUGGUUCAAGAUCUACAGGAAGAACUUGACAUGAAGGAUUCAAUGACAGUGAAGGAGUUACAUAGUGAAAACUAUGGUUCACAGGAUACAUGUGAUCAUUCCUUCUGCGAUAAGGAGCUAAAUGGAUUUUCCCCUGAAAAGCACACGGAUAACUCUCCAAUAACUAACCUCAAAAAAAUAUAUGAUGAGAAGGAAGAUGAAAAUUCGGAAUGUAUGAGCAAAAUUGAAGCGGAGCUUGAAGCCGAACUUGAGAGGUUGGGGUUAAACAUGAACGAAUCUAGCCUAGAUAGAAGACUGUCUGAGCUUGUCGAGGUUGAUGCUGACUUCGUAGCAGAUUUUGCUCAAGGUGAGUUGCGAGCUGACAUGGUCGACGGGGAAGAUUUUGAUCUCCCAAAAUCAAAUGAGGACGCCAGCGACCCUAUGAUCGUCCCUGCAAACUAUGCAGUUUCACCUCAUGAACUUAGUUUGCGUUUGCAUGAAGUCAUCCAAUCAAGACUCGAGGAUCGUGUGCAGGAGCUUGAGCUUGCCUUACAAAAUAGCCAGAGGAAAUUACGUGUUAUGGAAUCAAAGCAUGCAGGUAGUUCUCAAGAGUAUUUCCCAAGUUGUAAACAAGCAUCCUCCUUUGCCAAAGGGAAUAUUUUGACCUACGAUGACUGCGACCCUAUAGCCGAACCCAGAGCUGCAAAUUUAUCCAGUGAAGCUCUAGCUGAAUACAAUGAGGCGUUUGAAGAUUCAAUCAAGAUAGAUGAGUCUGAAGAACAUUCACUACCAAGCAACUAUGACAGUGCCAACAAAGGACGUUCGCAUAUACAUGAUUGGGACGUGUUCGGGGAGGAUCAACAUGGUGGAGGAAAUGGUUCCAUGACUCAGUCCCCUGUCAACGGAGAGAGACUUUCGAUGGAACUUUCUUCAAGUGAGGUGUUGAUCUUGGCAAGACAAAGCUCUAGUGUUCAGGGAUUGGAUGAUGUAAGUGGAGAUGAAGAUUGUGAUUGUGAUUCCGAAAUGGAAAGGCAAUUGAUAAGGCAAAUUGUUGAGAGGACCAAAAAGGGUUCUCCUGUUCUUCAAAAUGCACGAAGGAUAUUGUAUUCUAUGGAUGAUGAUUAUGAUGAACACUGAUAUCAGAUGCUUUUAGGUAUGUAGGAGUAGAAAGAGGGUAUUGACUUUCCAUUGGGGGUUAUAAAUGUUCUAAGGAUCAGUAUAGACUAUAGAGUUAGUUAACUGCAUGUUCCGGGCUACACUUCCUCAGGGCAUGGCAAA